AUGGUCGAAGCGGCGGUUCUUCAGUACAUUCUUGCGUUCGCAAUGUUCCUGGUGACUGCAGUCAUUGGCAUCGUUCCGUUAUUUGUGAGUGCACAAUGAGCUUAGGGCAACCAAGUUGUUCUGAAUUUCAGAUUGUUCGAGUAAUGAAAAAGAGUCAAAAUGAGGACGAACAGGGAUAUCUUUCUUACCUGACCUGCUUUGCGGGGGGUGUAUUCCUCGCCACCUGCUUUUUGGAUAUCAUUCCUCAUAUCAAGUAAGUAGUUUGUAAAGUUUAUUUGCAAGUUUCACGCGUAGAGCACUUUAAGGCAUUACUCAUCCAUUUGUGCCUUAACCAGCCUAAUUUUCGACGUUUCUAUUGUUAUCAGUUAGAUUUCGACGUGAACACUUUUUCAUUUGACUAAGAUUCCAUGCAAACCUUUUCAGUGAGGGAUACGAAGAGCUUAUGGAGACGUACUCCCUCAAUUGGCACUUUGCCUAUCCCCAAUUCGUCACUUGUUGCGGCUUCUUCUUCAUCUAUUUCAUCGAAGAAUUCACCACUUUUGUGAGUCGGCCCCUCGGUUUUCCCCUCCGAAUUCAUCCAAUUUCAGGUGUUCGGAAAUAGUCAACAACCGCAUGGCCAUUCGCAUUCGGCCAGAAACAAAGUGUCACAUUCGGGAGGAAACGAUUACACCGGAGGACUGAGUCCCGGAAUUUCAAAGGAGAGAAAAGGAAGUGUGAACAUUACGAAGUGGGUUAGAGGUGACCCGUUCUGAUGGAAUGAGCCAGUUUCAGUUUGCGAAUGGAAGAAGCGUCCACCUGGGUGGUCUCCGACGAAAAGUCCAACAUUCUCAAAUCGCUCACAUUUGCAGUUGCCAUGUCGUUUCACUCGCUUCUCGAGGGAUUCGCACUCGGAGUUCAGGACUCCACCCAACGAAUUUAUGCUCUUUUCUUCUCUCUGCUCCUGCACAAAGGAGUCGAAGCGUUCUCUGUCGGGUUGCAGAUUUCGAUGGCGAACUCGAACAAAGUGAGGAUCCUCUGAUGUACCGUCCAUCUAAACUGUAGUGUUCUCAGAUCAAGACCGUCCUCGUCACCAUUCUCAUCUACAGUAUGAUGGCUCCUCUCGGCUCCAUCAUUGGCUCCGUUCUCCAGAAUUCCGAGACCAAUAUCUACAAGGACUGUGCGAUUCUUCUUUUGGAAUCCCUCGCCGCAGGAACAUUCAUCUAUGUGACUUUCAUCGAAAUAAUGGCAUCUGAAAAGAUCAACGACUUCAACCAUUUGAAGCAGCUUCUGUGGAUCAUAAUCGGAUUUGCAUUGGUCACUUUGAUGCAGUUGUUCUUCGGCCACGAUCACGGAGCAGAAGGACAUGCUCACGGAGGAAAUGGAACUCAUCAUCACCAUGGACAUUGA